CUCUCAUGAAAUGAAUAAAAACUAAACAUCGGUUGUUUUUCUUGAACUAAACCCGCAGGUUGCAGUAUCUUCUUGGCUGCAAGGGGGUAGGAGGGGAGGGGGGGAGAAGCAAUGACACCGCCUUGCUUCGAUGACGCUCGCCAUCGGGAGACAUUUGGACAGCCUUCAGCCUAUGUAACCCAUAUUCCGAGCAACAAAUGGUGCGUCUGAGCCGGAGAUGUAAUCCUGGAGUUAGAAAGAUGUUUCCGCCGUCAGUAGGGCACUGAUGCUCAACUACAGACCCUGCAGCUGGAGGACAAAACGCGCGGUAUCAUCUGUUGAUCGGAUUGGAGACAAUUAAGCGCAUUAUCAUGAGCCGCAGCGGUCCGACUUCCAGGUGAAAUUUGAGGAGAGUGAAAUGAUUCCAAAGUCAGGAAAAUCUCCAGCUGACUCACGGAAAGGUGUAGGCAUCCAUGAGUUUGCAGCACUGGCCAGAUCCUCCUUAAAUGGCAUCUCUCAGGCAGUGAGGGACCAUGUGACAAAGCCCACUUCGCUUGCUCAGGGCCGGGUCGCCCACCUGAUAGAGUGGAAAGGUUGGCCAAAACCUGCAGCUGCUCCACCAGGCACCCAGUCACAGUUUAACUCCUACUGCCAUCUGACUGAAGGGGAAAAGGAGGCUCGGUUUGCUGCAGGUGUGGCUGAGCAGUUUGCCAUUGCUGAGGCUAAACUGCGUGCCUGGGCGUCUCUGGAUGAUGAUGACGAGGAAGUUUUCAAUGAUGAAGACUCCCACAUGAAUGGACAGACUAAUACCGUGUCCAGCCAGGGCUCAGAGUCCGCCAUGCCUAAUCCUUUCAGCGGAGAGCAAUGGCAGCCUGAGACGCAAGGCCUUGAAGCACCAUCCUCCGACUGUCCUAUGGGCUCAAACAACAGCAGUCUGCUCUGCGAUAGGCCUUCAACUUGCAAUGACCUACAUUCAUCCCAGACCAACUCGCCUACUUUACCCAGCGACUGCAUGAGUCCAUUUCUGGAGGAAGAGGAAGAGCAGGAGAGGCUGGAUGGUCUUGAGGAGCAGAUGGUUCCUUUGCAGGAACAGCACAGUGAGGUCUGCAUCCACAGCAAGCCAGAGUGGAGACCUCGAGGCAGGAGCAGCAGGUUUGACUCCUGCUACUCCACCUCUCAUUCAGAGUCUCCUGGAGAGGAGGAUGAAGAGGAUGAGGAGGAAGAAGGCAGCGUGUUUCACGACGUUCGGGUUUGGCACUGCAGCCCUAGGGGCUUCUUCUCUGACCGGGCAUCCUCCGGAGUGGCAUCGUUCGAUGAAGAGGAGAGAGAAGGGAUAGAGGAGGAGAAGAAGGAGGAGAAAGAGUAUUUGAUGUGAUGUGCUGUCCAUCUUUAAGUCUCUUUUGGGUCUGUGUUGAUUCUGAUAUGACAUAAUCUAUUCUGCUUACACUCUAAACCUCUCGUCUCCUCUUCCUCAUCGUCUCUUCUCGACUGGCAACCUUUUGCCCUUCAUCCUCCUGGCUACUCACUGAUCUCACCCCAGUGUUUAUUGCUGUCCCAAACAGUGAACAUGUCAGAGUUCAACCAGAACGUAAAGCUGUUGUUCAAACUGAGUUUUGUACAUUUUCGUGAGUUGUGUGUUGCUAUUGCGUUGGUUUUCUAUGGAUAUUUUGUAGUGUUGUGUCUUUUCCGGGUCAUGCUGUAUAACGUGGUUUUGAUAUGGAGAGCCUGAAUGUCCUGCAUAUAUAAAUAUGAUUUUUUGAAACAUGA